GUUCAGCUUGAUUGAUCAGUUUGUGUCCAAAACUCACCUAAUCAAAUAUACCUCGAAUCUUCCUCAUACUUGUGCCACACACACCCUCUUAUAUAUAUAUACCGUUCAAAUCCUUUGUAAUUGGAAUUAAUAAUUAACAUUGACCCAACUUGAAUAUCAAUGCCAACCACUAGAUUGUUGCGACACUCUAAGGUGCCAUUUGAUCGAAUAAUUCCUUCUUCUGGUUCUAUUUCGUCGAAAUGUUUGCUGCGGUUUCAAAGCAGGGCCAGUUUGAGUGGAGAUCAUGUGAUAGCUUCUUCAGCUGAUCAGAAAGGAGAAAGGAAUCAUGUGGUGGCCGUGAAGGCAUCUAUGACUAGCACCAACCAUUUAACCAUAUCACGACCAGUACAGCAGGACGUUCCUCAAGGAUUGUCAGAAUUAUUAGCUGAGAUCAUAGCAAGUAUUCGCAAUGCUAUGCUCGUGCUUCUUUUGCGGAAAGUUGUGAUUCAAAAGAAGCUGGCACGGAAUUUACACCCCCAGAUGCUCGUUGAAAAGGCCAUCAUAGAUUGCAGAUUUUUUACAUUGUUCGCCGUGGCUGGAUCUUUACUCGGCUCUGUAUUGUGUUUCCUUGAGGGCUGUGUUCUUGUUAUUGAGUCAUACGCACAUUAUUUACACACAAUGUCUCAAAGGUUGGAUCAGGGACAUCUGGUUCAUCUACUUAUUGAAGCCAUAGAUAUGUUCCUGGUAGGAACAGCCUUACUCAUGUUUGGGGUUGGUUUGUAUGUCAUGUUUGUGGGAUCAUGCAGAGCUACUUAUAAACAAAAUGAACCAUCUGGUCUCCUCUAUAUAAUUAAGUCACCACCAAGGUGGGUGGGAAUGCAAUCAAUUGAGCAAGCAAAGUCAAAAAUUGGGCAUGCAGUGAUGAUGAUUCUUCAAGUGGGACUAAUAGAGAAGUUUAACGAUAUUCCCUUGGUUACAGGUGUUGAUCUUGCUUGUUUCGCUGCAGCUCUAGUUACAUCUUCAGCUACCAUUUUUGUCCUCUCUAGGCUUAAUAAACAUUAAAAUUAGUAUAGAAUGAAUAUUCCAAAUUCAUACUUUUGUGUUAAAUUUAUUUAUUUAUUCAUGUAACAUGUUAGUAGUAUAGUAGUUCCUUUGUAAGUCAAAAGAAAACUAUGUUGUCCUUUUCCAUUAACGAUGGAAACUCAAUUUGUUUAUUUUUACACGUAAUUAAUGAACCGUGUGCUUACCAUAGAAUGUUAGUACUUUAACACUCAAGUCGGUAGUUACUUAAGAUAAGAUAAAGUGAUAAAUUGAAAUAGAUUGUGUGUACCUUAAGAGUAAGUGCAUACAUGCAUGUAUAGUUGGAUUUGAGGAAUAUUUGUCAACAAAUACAUUACGGUUCUCAAAUUUUAUAAAAGCUAAAAAAUAUCUUCUUUUUUU